CCCUCUCACUCUCUCUCUUCUUCCCAUUGGUGGCUUUCAUCAAAUCUGGAACCAUCUCUCAAGCCAAGCCAAACAGCACCAAAACCAACAUUUCCUAAUAUCAAAACUUUCCCCCCCAAUAAGGAAAGUUAAAUCCACGAGUACGUCCAGUGACAAGUUCUCUCUCUCUCUCUCUCUCUCUACACCCUCACCCCACACAACUCCAUCAUCUCAUCAUAUUCUCACCUCCAACAAGCAAAAAAAAAAAAAUUCACACGCGGGUCUUCUCCCUGGAUCUCCGAGCGAGCUAGGAUUUCACAAAAGCUAAAUUUAGUUAAACACCUGCACAUUAAUUUUUCUAUCACAUGUCCCUCUCAAUCUCACACUAAACUAAAAAUCCACCACCCUUUGCUUUUUUUUGCUUUUCAUAAAACACUCCAUAAAUAGUCAACGACUCAGCUUUUUUCGGUUAAGGUGAAGGGUACACGCACAUGGCGAGGGAGAAGAUUCAGAUUAAGAAGAUCGACAACACCACGGCGAGGCAGGUCACGUUCUCCAAGCGUCGCAGAGGGCUCUUCAAGAAAGCUGAGGAGCUUUCGGUUCUGUGUGAUGCUGAUGUUGCUCUCAUAAUCUUCUCUUCCACUGGGAAGCUCUUUGAGUUCUCCAGCUCAAGCAUGAAGGAAAUACUUGAAAGGCAUCAUUUGCACUCAAAGAACCUAGCAAGGAUGGAACAACCAUCUCUCGAGUUGCAGCUAGUUGAAAACAGCAACUACACGAGAUUGAGCAAGGAAGUUGCUGAGAAGAGCCAUCAACUAAGGCAGCUGAGAGGAGAGGAUCUUCAAGGUUUAAACAUAGAAGAAUUGCAACAACUGGAAAGCUCUCUUGAAACUGGAUUGGGCCGUGUUAUAGAAAAGAAGGGAGAGAGGAUUAUGAAUGAGAUCACUGAUCUCCAAAGAAAGGGGAUGGCAUUGAUGGAAGAGAACGAACGACUAAAACGUCAUGUGGCGGGCAUAAUUAGUGGGCAAAGGGUUGGUGGUGCCGAUUCUGAGAACUUUGUUAUGGAUGAAGGUCAGUCUUCGGAGUCUGUUACUUACGUCUGCAACUCCACCACCACCGGACCUCCUCAGGACUAUGAAAGCUCAGAUACAUCACUCAAAUUGGGGCUACCGUACUCCGGCUGAUGGGAAAAGGCGUGUUUGUAUUAUCAUCAAGUUCUAAGAGAAAAAUUACAUUAAGUGUGCUUUAGAAUGCAUGAACAACAAACACGCACUAAGUGUGUGGAAAGAUGUACUAUCAAGCACAUAUGAACACGAUUAUGGUUAAAUUUCAUUAAUGAUUAUGACUCGAGUCUUUAGCCGUGGUGUGUUGGGCGAAUGCUCAUCAUAUGUCUUGUAUGAUUAUGUUCGAAAGUUUGGUUUUACCAUAUUGAAGUUAAGCAACCCAUCAUUUGCUUAGAUUAAAUUAUUAAGUGGUUUCUGAACCCUGCCAUUUAUAGUGUUUA